AUGGACACGUUCGCGACUGCUGAACCAGCCAUUCGUCCACACACUUUUGGUGGAAAACUACAAAUUGCACAGACCGAGUCCGCCGUCCUCAAGAUCGAUCUGAUCUUAUCGACCAGACUCGAUGUACGAGCGCUGUCCCCAUUCAUCUGGGAGCAUUUUGGUGAAUGGGUUGCCAUGUAA